UCCUUGCCAAAUUGGAGCAAGCAGAGAGGCGUCGUGGUCGAAUUCGCAGUCGUACGCGCUGUGACCGUACGCGGGAGCCUCGGGGCCGCGAGCGCUCACGCUCACGGAGUCGGGAACUGCAGUGGAGACAUCACUCGUUGUCCCCACCGUCAGCGAGGCUUCGUAUUCCUUCACAACAUCCGCGGAAUAUUCCAUCAAGCGGCAACGCGGCUCCGACGUAAUCUCCGCUGACGAAUAACCCAGCUAGUAACCCAGUAGUGUCUCUCUAGAACGCGAGGCUAGAAAACACUCGUCGAUGGGUCUGUCGCGCGAGGCGUACGCAUGUCGUGAUCAACGGAACGCUCGACAAGCCAGCAUCGACCUCCCAAUGCAUCGAGCAGUGGAGUGGUCCAUCGCGUUAAAAGGGCAGACCACGGGCGUAAAGGGUCGCUCCGGGUGGACCGCCUGGAGGGGCGAAGGUUUCGUCGGUUUUGCAGCUUGACGAGUCGGCUCGGAGCGACGAGCGAUGGAGCAGUGUCGCUUGAUGCGCGUAGAGGCGAACAAUGCGACGAACGACGCGCUGGAGGCUCAAGAGAUGUAUCGAGACGAUCGCGAUAAUGCAGAGGGCGCAAUUGAGAUUGUGGCGAAGGCGAAGGUUUGA